AUGGAGGAACCCCAGGAGCCGAAAGAGCAUGCCAUCGCCACAGCUCCAUAUAGCCACAGGCCCCCCAGUCCUCCCUAUAUACCCAUUCCCAUGACAUUUGCUAAAGGCGACGCUACUUGCGCCUUUACCCCCUCAUUCAACAAUGUCGAUGCCAUGCACCUUACGAGCGAGGAUCUCAGAAUCAUAACUCGGGACAAGACACAGACUGCCACAGACAGGUCAGUUGGCUGGAACUACGAGGCUCGACGAAAGGCACAGACGCUCCUGGACUUCCUAUAUCUCGGUCCGUUAUCUGUUGCUCGCGACGAAGCUUGGCUUGCCAAGGAGGGAAUCACCAUGGUCAUUGUUACACGACAUGCCAGGGUGGCUCAAGCUCGACUGAUGAGUGUCGACAAGGUAGCGCAGAAGCUCGGCAUACAAGUCGAAUAUUUAGACGUCUUGGACAACUCUGAAUUGAUCCGUGGCUUCCCAGAGGUGGUGAGGAAAAUCAAUGGGCAUCUGAUCGACGUGUAUCGCAGUCAAGUUGUGGGUGCGCAGGAAGGCCGGAUGGCAGUCGAUGAUGAAAGCUUCAGGAGUGGCAAGAUUCUCCUUGUUUGCGAAACAGGAAACGACCGGUCAGCUUUCGUUGCUGCAGCUUACAUCAUGACCAUGUACGGAAAGGAUAUGAUCUCAUCCGUGCAAUUUGUCUCCAUGCAACGAUUCUCCGCCAACUUCGACGAGGAUGGGAAGAGGAUGCUACAAGCAUACGAAGACAUCCUCAAUGCCCAAAGAAGUGUCUCUAGUGUGACCAGAGAUGUUCCUCGAGCCGGCCAGUCGCAAGGACACACCGGUGGAGGCGGCAAGCGCGGUAUCGAAACGACUCUUGACGACGAGGACAGGCAGGGCGGAGGAUAUGAGACAUUCGCCACGGAUCGUGAGCGGUACCAGGACAGGGGCAAAUUUGUCCCGUUUCGUGAUCGGGAUACAGUCGCGUAG